AUGGCACGCCCGAAGAGAAGAGGAGAGGCCGGUGCGGCGAAGAACUAUGUGACGCGCAACCAGGCGAUCCGGAAGCUGCAGUUGAGCCUGCCCGACUUCCGGCAGCUGUGCAUCUGGAAGGGCAUCUACCCGCGGGAGCCGCGCAGCAAGAAGAAGGUGUCCAAGUCGUCGACGGCGUCGACGACGUUCUACUACACCAAGGACAUCCAGUACCUGCUUCAUGAGCCGCUGGUGGCCAAGUUCCGGGAGCAGAAGGUGCUGGAGAAGAAGAUCUCACGGGCUCUCGGCCGCGGCGACAUCAGCGAUGCCAAGCGGUUCGAGCGCAACGCGGCGCGGCCGGAGAAGACAGGCAAGCCGCGGUACACGCUGGACCACGUGGUGCGUGAGCGCUACCCGACGUUUGCGGACGCGCUGCGCGACCUGGACGACUGCCUGUCGAUGCUCUUUCUGUUUGCCAGCCUGCCGGCCACGUCGUCCGUGCCGCCCAAGAUGAUUGCGCGAUGCGAGCGGCUCUGCCUGGAGUUCCAGCACUACCUGAUCGUGUCGCACAGCCUGCGCAAGUCGUUCCUGUCCAUCAAGGGCAUUUACUACCAGGCGACGAUCCAGGGCGAAGACGUGCUCUGGCUGGUGCCGUACAAGUUCAACCAGCGCGUCGUCGGCGACAUUGACUUCCGCAUCAUGGGCACGUUUGUCGAGUUCUACAUGACGCUACUGGGCUUUGUCAACUACCGCCUGUACACGGCCGUGGGCCUGAAGUACCCGCCCCGGUUCGACCAGACCAAGGACGAUGCUGGUGGAGAGCUGGAUGCGUUCACGCUCGAGGGCGCCGCGGUCGACGGGACUACGGCUGCGGUGGACGGCGGCGAGCAGAAGCUGCUCGCACACGGGCCGGACCCCGAGGUGCAGGCGGAGGUGAAUAAGGUGGUGCAGGAGCUACAGGAAGAGACGGGCGACCAGGUGGCAGACAAGGCGGUCUCUCCGGAGGAGAGUGAGCUCGUGGCGGCGACCAACGAAAACGAAAACGAAAACGAAAACGGCAUCGACAAGUUUGAGCCGGCGCUGCCGGGCGGCCACGACCUGCCGCAGCCGUCGUAUAGCACGAGCCGGCCGAGCCGGCUGUUUGCCAAGUGCACGAUCUACCUGUCGCGCGAGACGCCGCGGCCGUCGCUGGAGUUUAUGCUGCGGGCAUUUGGGUGCCGGCGGAUCGGAUGGGACGCGGUCCUGGGCGAGGGCGCAUUCACGACAGACGAGCUGGACCCGACGAUUACGCACCAGAUCGUGGACCGGCCGCCGGUGCAGGUGGCAGCCGAGGAGGCGGUGGCGGUGACGGCGGUGGCAGUGGCCGAGGACAAUCAGACGGCCGUGAAGCUGGGGCCGAACCGGCGGGUGCCGGGGCGAAUCUACGUGCAACCGCAGUGGGUGUGGGACAGCAUCAACGAGGAGGAGCUGCAGCGGCCGGACCUGUACGCGCCGGGGGCGCAGCUGCCGCCGCAUCUGAGCCCGUUUGUCAAGAGCGCGCCGGGCCAGUACGAUCCCUCGCUGCCGCUGGAGCUGCAGCAGACGGAGGCGGAGGCACUGGCGUCAGACGUGGAAGACGAGGAGGAGGACGAGGAGGGAGAGAUGACCGUGAGCCAGACCGAGAAAAAGAAGACGGGAAAGCGGGUGGAAAGCGAGGACGAGGACGAGGAUGGCGGCAUGGACGUGGCGGCCUCGGAAGACGACGAAGACGAGGACGAGGAUGCGGACGAAGACGAAGACGAGAAUGCGGACGAAGACGUCAAGGCGGCCGUGGAAGAAGUCGAUGUUGGCUCGGACGACGGGCAGGACGAGGAGGCCUCGGAGGCGCUGCAGCGGCAGCUGGAGCUCGAGGCGGAGCUGGCGGGCAAGCCGGUGCGCAGCAAACAGGUCAGCGCCAAGGCCGAGGCCAAGGCAGCAGCACGCAAGGCGGUGGCCAAGGCGACACGGCAGAAGCAGGAGGAGCUGGACCGGGCCAAGGGCAUGCUGUCGAAGAAGAAGCGGAGGCUGUACGAGCAGAUGAUGUACAGCAACAACAAGCGCAGCGCGGAGGACGAAAAGCUGCGGGCUAAGCGGCGCAAGAUUGAGCGGAAGCAGGCCAAGGAGGCGUAG